AUGCUCCCAAGUUCCAAUCACAAACCCAUUUUCCCCCAUUACACCCCACCCCUCUCCACCCCACCCCUCUCCUCCUCACCCCUCUCCUCCUCACCCCUCUCCUUCCUCCACACCCUCCUCCCCAUGCCGCUCCCCAUGCCCCUCCCCAUGCCCCUCCCCAUGCCCCUCCCCGUGCCCCUCCCCAUGCCCCUCCCCGUGCCCCUCCCCAUGCCCCUCCCCAUGCCCCUCCCCAUGCCCCUCCCCGUGCCCCUCCCCAUGCCUCAUGCAUUUCCAUAUCCCAAUCACUCACCGCUUCUUCCUGUUCCCCUUCCUUCCCCAUCCCCAUCACCCUUCCUUCUCAAUCCCCCUUCCUUCCCCAUCCCCAUCACCCUUCCUUCCCAAUCCCCCUUCCUUCCCAAUCCCCCUUCCUUCCCAAUCCCCCUCCCCUGCCAGCCUUCAAUACACCCCUCUCGUCCUCCUGGCCUUGCUUCUUCCUCACCCACCGCCUGCAAGACCGCCUCGACGUACGUCCCUUGCCAAACCAUGGCCACUGAAUGCAUGCGUCCCCUUCCCCGCUAUUCGCUUUGUGCCCUGGUCAACACACCCCCCUCUUCCCCUCCUGGCCUCUCUUCUUCCUCACGCACCGCCUGCAAGACCGCCUCGACGUGCGUUUCUUUUUCUCAACAACCCACGGCCUGUGUUGUAUUGACUGCAAGUGUUCCCUUGCCCGCUGGUUCAACAUCCCCCUCUGCUCCUCCUGGCCUCACUUCUUCCUCACGCACCGCCUCCACCGCCUCCAAGUCCGGCUUGAUCGCAUAUCGUGAAGUGAUUCCCAAGGCGGCAGGCUUCGAGGAGAGGCAGUGCGUGUACCAGCUGUUUCAUCUGCUAAACCACGUGCUCAUAUAUGGUAGAGAGUACUUCCCUCAUGCCAUGCAAAUGGCAAGUCGUGUUGUUCAUCUCUCAAAACAACACUCGGUGUAA